CCAAUAUCCUUGACCUACACAUGAAGAGUUGAGUGGUCAGCCAUCUUCCCUUACCUCCAAAGUUCAAACGAAACCCAAAUUUACUGAUCUAAGUGGGCCGAAUUCUUAAUGGUGCUCCAUCAAUCUUCACACUUUCAUCUGGUACGACAACGUACAUACAAUCAACACUAAUCCACAACAACAACAACACAAGUAAGAAACUUUAACUUUACCAAAAACACCCUUUGAAACUUACUGAUCCUAUAAAAUGGAGAUGAAUUUCUAUACCCAGUUUUUUUCUUUGCGCCUAGCCCUUGGGAUUUGAAGAGAGAAAAAAAAGUUGGUAAUUUUGUUAGUACCCAGAUUGUUCUGUAAAACGUUUGAUCUUUCAAUUCUCUCUCCUAAGAAAAAUAUUGAAAUUUUUUCAUAGGGUUAGGAGGGUGAGGAAUUUCUGAAGUUUUUAGUUUCUGGAAAACCCACAAAAAAAAUUUACCCAGAAAAAAAUCAUUUGGUUUGAUCUUCCCACCCGCGUCCAAAUUUUAUCCCUUUAUUUUUAACAAUUUUUGUACAAAUAUUUUACAUACAUUUUGCUUAGCCCUUCUUUUGAUCUUCAUUACAAUCCCCAAAAAAAUUGUUGUUUUUGUCAGUUGUGUAGAUUUCUAGGGUUCUUUAAUACUUGAUAAUACAAAUUACUAGUAAUUUGGAAAAAAAAUUAGAGAGUUUCCUGAUAUUUCUUUGAUUUUCUAUUUGGUUUUUUGGUAAAGUUUUGAGUUUUCUAUUAGUAAAGAUUAUAUCUUCUUGAGAAUUUGUGAGAAAUGGAGAAGAAAAAAGUUGCUGUUCCUCUUGUUUGCCAUGGACAUUCUCGCCCUGUUGUGGAUCUAUUUUAUAGUCCAAUUACACCAGAUGGGUUCUUUCUCAUCAGUGCUAGCAAGGAUUCUACUCCCAUGCUUAGAAAUGGGGAAACUGGAGACUGGAUUGGAACUUUUGAGGGUCACAAAGGGGCGGUUUGGAGUUGUUGUUUAGACACUAAUGCUCUAUAUGCAGCAACUGCUUCUGCAGAUUUUACAGCGAAAGUAUGGGAUGCUAUCACGGGCGAUGUGAAGCAUUCAUUUGAGCAUAAGCACAUUGUUAGGUCAUGUGCUUACUCUGAGGACACACACCUUCUUUUGACUGGUGGGAUGGAGAAAGUCCUUCGCAUAUAUGAUCUGAAUCGUCCAGACGCUCCUCCUCGAGAAGUGGAUAAGUCUCCUGGUUCAGUCAGAACUGUUGCCUGGCUUCAUAGUGAUCAGACUAUAUUGAGCUCUUGUACUGACAUUGGUGGAGUUAGAUUAUGGGAUGUGAGAAAUGGCCAGAUCGUUCGAACUCUUGAAACAAAGUCAUCUGUUACUAGUGCUGAAGUGAGUCAAGAUGGUCGCUAUAUUACAACCUGUGAUGGUACCAGUGUUAAGUUCUGGGAUGCCAAUUACUUUGGAUUGGUCAAGAGUUAUGAGAUGCCAUGCACCGUCGAAUCUGCCUCAUUGGAGCCAAAGUAUGGAAAUAAAUUCGUUGCUGGAGGAGAAGAUAUGUGGGUCCGGAUGUUUGAUUUUCAUACUGGUGAAGAGAUAGCUUGCAACAAGGGUCACCACGGUCCUGUUCAUUGCGUGCGAUUCUCACCAGGAGGGGAAUCAUAUGCCUCGGGAUCUGAAGAUGGAACCAUUCGGAUAUGGCAGACAGGUCCUUUGACACCAGAAGAAAACGAGACGGCUAAUACAACUGGUGCGUCCACCGGAAAGGUUAAAGCUGCUGCUGGAGCAGAGGAAGUUGUUACUCAGAAGAUGGAAGGUUUCCAAAUCACUGAUGAAGAGAAGGCAAAAGAAGAAGUAACAAAUGCUUAAUACUUAACAGAGGAUAAAGAAAAGAAGAAAUAAUGCUUUCUUUUUGCCUUUUGUUUUCUCACUCUGGGUUUGUCUGGUUUCAUCUACCCAAUACGGCAUUAUUAACAGACACUCGGAUGUUUUUGUACAAUUUGUUGUCUUCUGGAGUGCUUUUUCAUCACUCUGUUGAUUACUGAAUUAAUCCAGUAUGGUGCUUGAGUAAAAAUAGAUGAGUUACUUACAAGUA